AUGGCGGGGGAGACCUUCCCCUUCACCUCCUCCACCCUCCGCUCACUCCGUCUGCAGCGAGAGUGGCUGGAGUGGGAAGACCGGCGGCAGGCUGUGGCCCAGCAAUGCCAGAGACGAAGGUGCCCCCCCAGCCCCCGGGCCCAACUCUCUAGGCCUCGACGCUCCUGCCGCGACCCAGCUGUCCACAAUGCCUUGUUCUCUGGUGACUUGCAGCAGGUCCAAGUCCUGUUCCAAGAUGAAGAGGCUGCCAACAUGAUUGUGGAGACCGUGAGCAACCAGCUGGCCUGGUCAGCAGAACAGGGGUUCUGGGUCAUGACCCCCAAGACCAAGCAGACGGCACCUCUCACCAUCACUGCAGCCCGAGGCUACAAUGACUGUGUCCGGCACCUGAUCCGGCAGGGGGCUGAGCUGGACGCCCGCAUCGGGGGAUGGGCUGCCCUGCAUGAGGCCUGCGCUCGGGCCCAGUCCAACUGUGUGCAGCUGCUGCUGACCUUUGGUGCCAAGGCCAAUGUGCUAUCUGAGGAAGGCACUGCCCCGCUGCACCUCUGCACAGCUCCUGAGUCUUUGCAGUGUGCCAAGUUGCUCCUGGAGGCGGGAGCCACAGUGAACCUGGCAGCUCAGGAGAGUGAGGUGACACCCCUGCAUGUGGCAGCGGCGCAAGGUCUGGAGGAGCACGUGGCCCUCUACCUGGAUCACGGUGCCGACGUGGGCCUGCGCACCAGCCAGGGCGAGACGCCCCUAAACGCGGCGUGUGCGGCAGCCGAGCGCCCCGGCUGCGGCCGGCAGCACGAGGCCGUGGCACGUCUGCUUCUGGAGGCCGGGGCAGAUGCUCAGGCCGCUGGCCGCAAGCUCCACACACCGCUGCACAAUGCCUGUGCCAACGGCUGCGGGGGCCUAGCCGAACUGCUGCUGCGCCACGGGGCCCGCGUUGGGGUCCCCAACGGAGCGGGCCACACACCCAUGGAUUGUGCGCUGCAGGCCAUCCAGGAUGCCCCUGACUGGGAACCUGAGGUCCUCUUCGCAGCGCUCUUGGACUAUGGGGCCCAACCCGUGCGCCCUGAGAUGCUGAAACUGUGUGCCUCCUUCCCUCGGGCCCUGGAAGUCCUGCUUAAUGCCUACCCUUGUGUUCCGUCCUGUGAUACCUGGGUGGAGGCAGUGCUUCCAAAACUGUGGCAGGAGCACGAAGCCUUCUACCACUCAGCUCUGUGCAUGGUGAACCAGCCAAGGCGGUUGCAGCACCUGGCCCGGCUCGCUGUACGUGCUCAGUUGGGUGGCCGCUGCCGCCAGGCUGCCACCCGGCUCCCACUGCCCCCAGCCCUCAGGGACUACCUGCUGCUACGUGUGGAGGGGUGCAUCCAGUGA